CGGCUGUUGGCACAGGAAAGCGAUGCCAACCUCCUGCCACCCGGAGAAUCUGGGCAUGGUGGCAUGGAAAGUGAUUCAUCAGAGGAAGGCCAUGAAUUCUCCCUGUUUGGAUGGGUUUGGGUACUGUGCCAGGAAGCGUCAGGGAAAUGAAGUCUCUCGAUGCGUUUCAGAUCUGACCUGAAAUUCACGAUAAUCACUCCUUUGCUAUGGGGUGGGGUGGGGGGCCCAUGGGAACUUCAGGAAUUGGACAGUUCCCUUGGGCCCUGUCCAUUCAUUGUUGGAACUCCAGCUCCUGUUAACCCCUUAGUCAAGGGUCAGGGAUGAUGGGAGUCCAGUAACAUCUGGAGGGUGACCGGCUAACCACCCAUGUUGUAGGCGCCUGUGUGUGUGGUAGUUAUGUCAAUCUGGAAUAAGAGCAGGGAGCUGUCAAAGGCUGUUGGGAACCACGGAAACUGGUGUGUCACUGAAAACAACUUGGAGAAAGGGCUGGCGUUCAGUGGCAGAGUAUUUAUUUAUUUUUUCCAUGUGGAAGGUCCCGGGUUCAGUCCCUGGCAUCUCCAGGCAAGGCUAGGAGAGACUGAAACUCUGGAGAGCCAGUCAGUGGAGGCAACACCAAGCUGGCUGGACCAAUGGUCUGAUUCAGUAGAAGGUAGUUUCCUGUGUUCCCAGUUUCUAUUGAAUUUGGGCUGGGAGCAAGCUGCCUGGUAUCUGAAGGAAUUCACGCUGUGUCACAAUUGCCGCCUGGAGUUCAUUGCCCCAGGGUGCUACAAGGGCUUCUUCAGAAGGUCUGGUGAACAUGAAGAAGAGGGCAGGGUUAGGAGUGGAUGCUGAGAGCCCAGGUCAUCUCAAAGGGCAGCCUUUGUAUACAGAGACAUGGUGUACCCUCUGUCUGUCCAUUCCUGAGGUUAAGAGUCAGGGAGGUUCUCUUGCAUGGGCCAUGUGAUCCUAGCCAGCCCUGGAAGAGAAGACGAGAAGGAAGGAGGUUGCAGUGACUCCACAGGGACAUGCCAGAUAUAUUGCAAAAACCUCCUUGCAGAGAAUUCCCAUCAGAGCCUGGCUCUAGCCAUGACCUUGCUUGGCUCUGCUCUGCGGACGCCGCUGCAGAAUUUGUGGGCAAAACUGAGACGGGUUCCUCGCGCCUGCCAGGGUCAUUGUGGGCAUCUCUGCGUGAAGAUAGGCUGGCAGGCAGGGCCUCACAUGCCACGCGGCUGUCUAAUGUGCUCUGCCCUUUUCUCCCCUCUUCUUCAAGAUGGAGUCCAGUCACCGUGGCAGCAGGGACCAAGGCCCGCCCUCCCCCAUCGGGUCCCAGCCGGUGUCUCCACGCAACAGUAUCACAGGAUUGGCAUCGCCAGGGCUGUUCUCUCCUGCCAGCAACCAGUACGCCUCAGAUGGGACAGUCCGGUACCAGCCUGAGGGAUCCAACAAUGCUGUGUAUACUGGAGGAAACCUGCCAAGUGGGACUAGGCCCGACUCGCUCUUUGACUCUUUCCACACCCGGUUGCAGCCCGACGGGUCUCGCCAUUCGGCAUCUGAGAGACAGAACCAGCCUCUCUCCUUGGAUCUCAACAGAGCCCAGCCGGAGGGCUCUGGGGGAGUCCAUGCGUUCAACACCCCAAACCUGCGUUCUCCGGUAGAGUUACGGCCAUUGUCUCCAGCUUCCGGCAGCUCGUCAACCCAGUCCAACGUCUCUCCCUCCAUGAAACUCAGCCAGUCCCCCAGCCGGGGUGUGCUCCCAGAACUUUGCGGCCUGGACCCAGUGACCUCUGGCAUCCUCGCCACGGUGGAACUCAAGGACACACUCCCAAAGGCCGAAUCCAGCGACCACAUCUACCUGGGUCGCUCCGGCUCCUCGCACCGGCCCAUGUCCCUCCCGAAAGCCAUCUCGAGCGAGUACAUCUCGGGCGGAGGAAGGGUGGGCCCCUCUAAGUCUGCCAUGCUCUCCAAGGCUGAGUCGGAGGACAUCGUCUCGUAUGGCAGGCUCCGGCAGCCCCCCAAAUCCCAGGACCUGGGCAGCAGCAACAUGAAUCCCAAGGAAAGCUUUCUGAUGCGACUCGGCCAGCCCCACACCAAGCAGGACAAUGAGUUUCGGUGAGGCAGACUGGGUGUGAUGGGAGGGGAGCGAUGGCUCAGGUGGUGGGGUGAGGGACCAAGAGCAGAUGGGACAGGGGUCAGCAACCUUUUUCAGCCAUGGGCUGGUCCACCGUCCCUCAGACCAAGUGGUGGGCCGGACUAUAUUUUGAAAAAAAUAUAUGAAGGAAUUCCUAUGCCCCACAAAUAAUCCAGAGAUGCAUUUUAAAUAAAAGCACACAUUCUGCUCAUGUAAAAACACCAGGCAAGCCCCACAAAUAACCCAGAGGUGCAUUUUAAAUAAAAAGACACAUUCUACUCAUGUAAAAACACACUGAUUCCUGGACCGUCCACAGGCCGGAUUUAGAAGGCAAUUGGGUUGGGUCUGGCUCCCAGGCCUUAGGUUGCCUACCUAUGGGUUAGGAGGAAGGUUGCUUUUUUGAAGCAGGGGAGAGUCAGUGAGGUGCAAAUUGCAUCGUGUUGGGGUUGGGGAGCUUGUAUCCAGAUAGAUAGAUAGAUAGAUAGAUAGAUAUACAGUGGUACCUUGGGUUAAGAACUUAAUUCAUUUUGGAGGUCCGUUCUUAACCUGAAACUGUUCUUAACCUGAGGUACCACUUUAGCUAAUGGGGCCUCCUGCUGCUGCCACGUGAUUUCUGUUCUCAUCCUGAAGCAAAGUUCUUAACCCAAGGUACUAUUUCUGGGUUAGCGGAGUCUGUAACCUGAAGCUUAUGUAACUUGAGGUACCACUGUAGUUUUUAUUGAAAGACUUUCAUGUAUUGUCCCUCUAGAUACAGUUGGUACCUCAGGUUACAUACGCUUCAGGUUACAGACUCCACUAACCCAGAAAUAGUACCUCGGGUACCUUACUUCAGGAUGAGAACAGAAAUCGCGCGGCGGCGGCAUGGCAGCAGUGGGAGGCCCCAUUAGCUAAAGUGGUGCUUCAGGUUAAGAACAGUUUCAGGUUAAGAACAGACCUCCAGAACGAAAUAAGUACGUAACCAGAGGUACCACAUUGAUGAAUCCCGAUGCCCAUCAUUCAGUCAUAGAAUCGUAGAGUUCGAAGCUGUCCCCAAGCACCAUCUAGUCCACCACCAGCAAUUCCAGAAUCACAGCUAAAGAACCCUUAACAGAUGAGCAUUCAACCUCUGUUUAGGAAACUCCAGUGAAGAAGAGUUUGGCUACCUUCUCAGGCAGUCCAUUCCACUGUUGAGCAGCUUUGGACCCUACCCUCUGGAGCAGCAAAUAACAAGCUUGCUCCAUUUCCCAUAUCCAAUAUCCUCCUUCAGAUAUUUGAAGACAGCUCUCAUAUCACCUCUCGGUCUCCUCCUUCAGGCUAAACAUACUCAGAAUGCGGCAGCUAGGCUGGUGACUGGGAGUAGCCACUGAGACCAUAUACGUUUCCAAGCACAAUUCAAAGUGUUGGUGCUGAUCUUUAAAGCCCUAAAGAGCUUCAGCCCGAUAUACCUGAAGGAGCGUCUCCACCCCCAUCGUCCAGCACAGACACUGAGAUCCAGCUCCGAGGGCCUUCUGGUGGUUCCCUCCCUGCAAGAAGUGAGGUUACAGGGAACCAGGCAGAGGGCCUUCUCGGUAGUGGCACCCUCCCUGUGGAAUACCCUCCCAUCAGAUGUCAAGGAAAUAAACAACAAUCUGACUUUUAGAAGACAUCUGAAGGCAGCCCUGUUUAGGGAAGUUUCUAAUGUUUGAUGUUUUAUUGUGCUUUUAAUUCUGUUGGGAGCCACCCAGGGUGGCUGGGGAAACCCAGCCAGACGGGCGGGGUAUAAAUAAUAAAUAAUAAAAUAUAACAACAACAAUUUAUUAUAAUAUUGAUAUUAUAACUCCCUCAACCGUUUCUCUUAAGGUUUGAGUCCCAGACUGUUCAUCAUCUUGGCUGCCCUCCUCUGCAGACCUUCUGGCUUGUCAUUAGCCUUCUUUCUCUGGGGUGCCCAGAACUGGACACAGAACCCCAGAUGAGGUCUGAACAAGGCAGAAUAGAGUGGGACUAUCACUUCCCUUGAUCUGGACUCUGGACUUCUACUGAUGCAGCCUAGAAUUGCAUUAGCCUAUUUUAUUUUUUGCCGCUGCUGCCGCUUCACACUAUGAAUGAGAGAGUAGACCACCUUUUUACAGCAAACCUCAUUAUAAUGAUUGCAACAUUAAACGGGCCAAACCGGUCUUAUCUUUAAGCCUUUGCCAUAAGACCUUUGUACUGAGGCUUGUUUUUACGGUUCAUAACUAUUGUCCUUUUCGGCAUAGUGCCAGUGAGCUGGUAAGAAAAACUGGGCUUCGCUCCUUUAGGAGCAACCCUGUAGGUGUGUCUCUGUGUGUGUCCUUCUCUGUGGCUUCCUAAAUUGUGCCCUCGUUUCACAACCCAACUUCCCAGCGAUGCAGGCUAGGGUUGGGUCCAAUUUGGACAUUGCAUCCUGCUGGCUGGAGCUGACGGGAACUGAGAAUCCAACAACUAGAGAGCCACCAGUCAUUCCCUCUGCCCCCCACCCCACAAUGGGGCUAUCAGGAUGCCUGGCAUAAGCAACUUGGAACCAGCUCCCUCCUGCUGGAGGGCCAAGCAAGCCCUUCUCCCAUGGAGCAGCGGCCCCCCCCCCUUGCACCUGCAGCGAGUCCUUUUUGCUGACGCUAACUGGCUCCUUUCCGCAUAUGCGGUUUAAUUGUGUUAAUGCCCUGGGAUUUAUUGCCAGGGAGCCUGCCGUGGCCAGUGGCCCUCUGGGGGCUUCUGCCAGGCACUGAGCAUUCCAGCUGGCCACGCCAAUCAUAUUAGCACAGCGGCGUCUGAAAAUGGCACGUGCCAAACGGUCAGAGUGCUUAAAUUGUAUUAGUGCCCGUUGGUUGACGACAGCUCCCGCUAUCCCUGACUGCUCGCUGUGCAGGCUGCCGGGAGUCUUGGAGAACAUCAUGAGGACAUCAGCUCCAUCCCUGGCUAAUGACAGCCCUGCAGGGAAGGCCAAAAGAAUCAUAGAUCGUAGGAAUGCAGGAAUAUGCAACUGUCUCAUGCAAGGAUUGAACCUGCAACCUUGGCAUUAUCAGCACCCUGCCCUAAGCAGCUGAGCCAGAGAGUGUCUCUGCAGAGGUCCCUUUGUGCAUUUGUGGCCAAAGCGAAGUUUUAACUGGGGGUCAGUUGGCUACAGUGUUGUUGUGUUUUAUUUAUUGAAUUUGAAUCUCACGACUUUGCUGUUGCAGGACUCCAGUUCCGUGAUCAUUGGCCACACUGGCUGCAUUCAAAGGGUUUUGUAGUCCAACAAAAGUUUUGUAGUCCACCCGAAGGCAGCCCUUUAUAGGGAUUUUAAAAAAUGUUUGAUGUUUUAUUGCGUUUUUAUAUUUUGCUGGAAGCCGCUCAGAGUGGCUGGGGCAACCCAGUCAGAUGGGUGGGGCAUAAAUAAUAAAAUUAUUACAUACCCUCCAACAUUUAUCCAAUGAAAAUAGGGACAUCUUAUUCAAUUGUUGUUGUUUUAUAUAUACCCUGCCCAGUGCUUUUUUUCCUUAAAAAAUGUUUAGGGGUACUCUCAUUUUGACUCAAGGAAAACCACCAUUUUAUAGUUCAAAUCAGGGAAAAUAAAUACAGUAAACGGACAAAAGUACAAAUAUUCACAAAAUGUUUAGGGGUAUGCAUCCCUCUGCGUCGCCACCAGAAAAAAGCACUGACCCCAUCCAUCUGACAGGGUUGCCCCAGCCGCUCUGGGCACCUUCCAAGAUAUAUAGGUAAAGGGACCCUUGACAGCUAAGUCCAGUCGCGAACGACUCUGGGGUUGCGGCGCUCAUCUCGCUUUACUGGCCGAGGGAGCCAACAUUUGUCUGCAGACAGUUUUUCCAGGUCAUGUGGCCAGCAUGACUAAGCCGCUUCUGGCGAACCAGAGCAGCGCACGGAAAUGCCGUUUACCUUCCCGCCAGAGCGGUACCUAUUUAUCUACUUGCACUUUGAUGUGCUUUUGAACUGCUAGGUUGGCAGGAGCAGGGACCGAGCAAUGGGAGCUCACCCCGUCGUGGGAAUUCGAACAGCAGACCUUCCGAUUAGAAAGCCCAAGGCUCAGUGGUUUACACCACAGUGCCACUCACGUCCCAUAAUAAAACCAUAAUAAAGCCAUAAUAAAAUAUUAAACAUUUAAAAACUUCCCUAUACAGGGCUGCUUUCAGAUGUCUUCUAAAGGUUGUAUAGUUAGUUAUCUCCUUGGCUCAGGGGGUCACAUAACUCCAUACUCUCCAACAUUUCUCUGAUGAAAAUAGGGAUGUCCUAAGGAAAAACAAAUUAGAAACUGCGACAGCUUCUGUAAAUCUGUAAAACAGAGACACUUGGAGGGUGUCCAACAUCUGAAUGUCUGGUGGAUGCCAGCAUCCAAGGGGGUCAGUCUGAUGCCUCCAGGUAUUGUUGGACCCCACUAAGGAGAGGGACUUUUUUGGUGGUGGCCCCUUGGUAAUGGAACAGAUUUCCCAGGGAGGCUCAAGUGGUGUUAUCUUGGAGGUCAUUUUUGCAGCAGACAGAGACUUUUCUGUUCAUCCAAGCUUUAUAAAUAACAAGUAAUGCAGGAUUCUCCCUCCCCUAAACGGUUUUCUGUUUUGCUUUUGCUUUUUGCUUUUUGCUUUUAGCUGUUUUUUCAAACCUUAUUUAUUCUAAACUGCCCCAAAGAAGUUUAUAUUGCAGUGUGGCAGGCAGAGGUAAUAAAUAAAAGAAGUUAGCAUCUUCUGUAUAAAUAUGUAUUCAUUUAUGCAUAAAUUUCUAUACCGCUAUAUGUUUGGAGUUAGAGCACUCCUGUACAUAAUCAACAUAAUGAAGUCUGAGGUAAAAAAAACAGCAAGGCAAAAAAUGCAAAACUAGGUCACUCACGUGGCAAAGUAAGCUUGUCUAAAUAACUUUUUUAAGAUGUCUAAAACUACACCUAGAAGAUGCCUGUGUGAUGUAUGAAUUAAUGAGGAGGUGGUUGAGGCAUAAAAUACUGGGGUGUUCAAAGGCUGUCACUGUCUUGAUCUGCAAAAUUCUUGGAAGCUGCUUGUCUCAGAUGAAACACCACGUCUCAAAAGCCUGCAGCUGAAUGAUGGUGUCUGGGGUGAGGCAAACUUUGUCUGUGGUUUGUUGAUGGGGGGGGGGGAGGCAACUUCAUCUGCACAGACCCUCCCUGCAUGCCUGGUGUGCAGGUGUGAAUGUGAAAUGAGUGUUUCUGGCUAGCUGAAUCUCAGUCUAGCAAACCUCAGUCCAGCUUACUUUAGGGUUGCCACUCUGGCUUUCGACAGUUUUAGGGUUGCCAUGUGUCCUUUUUUCCAGCACAUGUCCUCUUUCUUCAUAGUGAUCCAUAGUUAAAAGUAUACCGUAUUUUUCCAUGUAUAAGAUGAUUUUUCUUUAUUAUUAAAAAAAUGGGGAAAAAUGGGGGUCAUCUUAUACAGUCAUACCUCGGGUUACAGACACUUCGGAUUGUGCGAUUUCAGGUUGUGCACCGCGCCAAACCCGGAAGUACUGGAACAGGUUAAUUCUGGGUUUUGGCGCAUGCGCAGAAGCGCUAAAUUGUGCUUUGUGCAUGCGCAGAAGUGCCAAAUUGCAAACCACGUGUGUGCAGACAUGGCGCUGCAGGUUGCGAACGCUGCGGGUUGCGAACGCUGCGGGUUGCGAACAGGCUUCCUGGAAGGAUCACGUUCGCAACCCGAACGUCCACUGUACAUGGAUAGUGCAGAGUGAGGAUGGGCGAUUGGUGGCAGCUGCAAGCAGGAGAUGUCAGUGGCAAUUGGGCGGGUGAUUGGUGGUUGUGGCAAGGGGAUUGGCUGCUGCUGCGGCAAUUGGGUGGGCGAUUGGCAGGCAGGUGAUUGGCGGGUUUGUCGAGGCGUGUGAUUGGCAGUGGUGGCCAGGCGGGUGAGUGAUUGUCGGCAACUCCCCACCCCAAACUUCAACAACUCUGUGCAAUCUUCCCCCAUUUCCUUAAUCUGGAGUCCCAAAAAAUAGGGGUCGUCUUAUACACGGAAAAAUACGGUAAGUUGGCAAAUGUGUCCUCCUUUUUGCUCUUCAAAAUAUGGCAACCCUAUCAGGGACCUACCUUAUUUUGUGAUUGUAAGUUGUUUAAACUGUUUUUAAUAGUGCAAAUUAAUGUAACCUUCCUUGGGACUUUAGGGUGAAGGGCACAAAGACGAUACUAAUAACAACAACCCAUAAUUAUUAUUUUAUUUUACUUACAAAAAUACAGUGGAACCUCAGUUGUCAAACGUAAUCCAUUCUGGUUCGACUUCUGAAACAUUUGACAACCUAGGCAUAAUGGGGCUGUCUGCAAAAUCCAUUGAAAAAAAUGGAGAAUGCACCUCGAAAGCUGUUCGACUUCCAAAAAUCGUUCAAAAACGGAAGCAUUCACUUCUGGGUUGUUGGCGUUUGAAAGCCAAAACGUCCGACAUCCGGAGCGUACAACAACCAAGGUUAACUGUACUUAUAUUCUGCUAUGUCAAAAAAUAAUAAUCAAAGUGGUUUAUAGCAAUAAAACAUAAAAAAUAGUAAAAUAAAAACUGUGAAAAGGUUAGAGAGUUAAAAACAGACAUCAAUUGACCAAUGUGGAAGUGUGUGUUUGUCAGAAUCGGGGGGUCAAAAGACCAGCUGGAACGUCUCCCUCUCAGCUUUGUUGCUGCGGAGAUUCCUCGACCUCUGCUCCGACGUACAUCAGUGACCCAAGCUUACAGACUUGAGCACACUUUACUCAGCAGUGUAUACUGCGCAACAGAAGAGGCUUGAGGCUGUAGAUACAUACUAAGCUAUGCAUUUAUUAAACAUAAAUCAGGACAAAGAAACAUGUCGUCUCUCCUUGCCGUCUUCUCGGAGAGAGAGCUAAAAACAACAACUAUACAGAGCGGAAGUUCCGCUCACGCCAGCAAUCUGUGCUGGAGUGUAAACAGAUGUGUGACACACAACAAUCCCAUGUCUGCAGCAAAAGGUGGAAUAGAAUCCCAACAGUGUUCUUAAUCGCCUGCAUAGGCCUGACAGAGUAGAAAUGUUUUCGGCAGGUGUUUAAGAGUUGGCACAGAAGGCACCUGCUGACUCUCUAGUGGCUGAGAGUUCCACAGGACUGGGCCAAUGACACUAGAGGCUUGGUUUCUUGUUGUCAAAUGAGCUUCACCAACUUGGGGAAUAACCAAUGAUGCUCCUACAGGUGAUUUCCGUGCUCAAGGUAGGACAUAUAAUAAUAAGAAUAAUACCCUGCCCCUAUGGCUGGGUUUCCCCAGCCACUCUUGAUGGCUCUGAACAGAAUGUUAAAAACACGAUAAAACAUCAAACAUUAAAUACUUCCCUAAACAGGGCUGCCUGCAGAUGUCUUCUAAAAGUCAGAUUGUUGUUUAUUUCCUUGACAUCUGAUGGGAGGGCAUUCCACAGGGUGGGUGCCACCACCGAGAAGGCCCUCUGCCUAGUUCCCUGUAACCUCCAGAAGGCCCUCAGAGCUGGACCUCAGUGUCUGUGCUGGACGAUGGGGGUGGAGACGCACCUUCAGGUAUAUCGGGCUGAAGCUCUUUAGAGCUUUAAAGGUCAGCACCAACACUUUGAAUUGUGCUCAGAAACAUACUGGGUUCAAGUGUUCCCUGUGGUACCUUGGACCUAAGUUGUUCAGAUGGGCAGCCAGUGGAGGUGUUCUAACAAGGGGGCUGCAUGUUCUUGACCAGAAGCUCCCGUCAGCAGUCUGGCCUCAGCAUUCUGCCCCAGCUGGAGCUUCCGAACCAGGCCCAAGGGCAGCCCCAAAUAGAGUGCGUGACAGUCAUACAGCCUUGAGUUUAAUACUAAUGACCCUUGACACCAGGCUCCCUGUUUCCUCUUAGCAUCACUAUCGUGACCUGGAACGUUGGUACAGCCAUGCCUCCCUCUGACGUGACCUCGCUCCUGCACCUCAACACGGGGGACUCCAACGACACAGACAUGAUCACCAUUGGGUAAGGAAAAGGAUCCGCCAUGGACUGCCCUUUUGGCAGAGCAUGUCAGUAGAGUGUGUGUUUAAGUGUGUGUGAACUCCCAUCCAACACAACUCUGCAGGGUGAAGGAACGGUGCUCAGGGCAGUGAUUCCCAGAUGUGAACAUCUGGGACUAGAGAUGGCCAAAUCUGCCCGAUUUAGUUUCUCUCCCUUUCUCAUCCUCCCCCCACAACCUUGAAGUUUCAUUCUCCUUAGAAUCGUAGAGUUGGAAGCGACCUUGGGGGACAUCUAGUCCAGCCCCCUGAAAUGCAGGAAUCUCAACUAAAGCAUCCACCCAACCUCUGCUUUAAAAACCUCCAAAGAAGAUGAAGACGAAGAAAAAUAAAUACCCCGCCCAUCUGGCUGGGUUUCCCCAGCUACUCUGGGUGGCUCCCAACAGAAUUAAAAGCACAAUCAAACAUUAAAAACUUCCCUAAACAGGGCUGCCUUCAGAUGUCUUCUAAAAGUCAGAUAGUUGUUUAUUUCCUUGACAUCUGGUGGGAGUGCGUUCCACAGGGCGGGUGCCACCACCGAGAAGGCCCUCUGCCUGGUUCCCUGUAGCCUCUCUUCUCGCAGUGAGGGAACCACCAGAAGGUCCUCGGAGCUGGAUCUCAGUGUCCAGGCUGAAUGAUGGGGGUGGAGACGCUCCUUCAUGUGUACUGGGUUGAGGCCAUUUAGGUCUUGAAAGGUCAGCACCAACACUUUGAAUUGUGCUUGGAAAUGUACUGGGAGCCAAUGUAGGGGACUGGUGUUAUGUGGUCUCGGCGGCUGCUCCCAGUCACCAGUCUAGCGGCCGCAUUCUGGAGUAGUUGCAGUUUCCAGGUUACUUUCAAAGGUAGCCCCACAUAGGAGAAUCCACGACCUCUACUUUCAAACAGCUCUUAUUGUUAGACAUUUCUUCCUGAUGCUUAGUUGUAAUCUCUUUCCUUGUACAGUGGUGACUCGCAAGAUGAAAUUAAUCCGUUCCGCGAGUCUCUUCGUCUUGCGGUUUUUUCGUCUUGCGAAGCACGGCUAUUAGUGGCUUAGCGGCUUAGCGGCUAUUAGUGGCUUAGCGGCUAUUAGCGGCUUAGCGGCUUAGCGGCUUUAAGAAAAAGGAAACAAACUCGCAAGAACUUGCAAGACGUUCCAUCUUGCGAAGCAAGCCCAUAGGGAAAUUUGUCUUGCGGAACGACUCAAAAAACGCAAAACCCCUUCGUCUAGCGAGUUUUUCGUCUUGCGAGGCAUUCGUCUUGCGGGGCAGCACUGUAACUUGAAUCUAUUAGUUCGGGUCCUACCCUCCGGAGCAGGAGAAAACAACCUUUCUCCAUCUUCCACGUGACAGCCCUUCAGAUAUUUGAAGAUGGCUAUUAUAUCUCCUCAGCCUCCUCUUUUCCAGGCUAAACAUACCCAGCUCCUUCAACUUCUACAUCUGUUUGUAAAUUUUUCUUUUUUAAAAUUCGCUGCCGACCUUUAUUUUAAUAAUAUAUACAUUUUUGCACAGUGUUGCAGGGUUUGUUUGGUUUUUUUUGCAGCCAGGUUUCCCUAAUGCAAUCUUCACAAAUCUAGGCACCCCACCCCAAAUUCUCCCUCCCCUUUUGUAAUUUUCAGAUGCGAUUUCUUUUCUCCUAAAUUGACAGAGAAUGGUUGAAAAAGGACAAUGCCCGAGAAAUUUUUUUGAUGUAGCAACAACUCAGCUCAAACCUCAGAACAAACUCUACAGUUCUAUGAUUCCAUUAUCUGGCAAUUAUGUGGUUUUCCCCUCUCAUAUCUUCAAUCAGAAGAACAGGUUCUCCUUUUGAUUUUGAAUUGGUACAGGGCGAGGUUUUGUAGAGCCACUGAGUCUUUUGUACUGUGUUGGUGGGGGAAGUGAUUUCAGCCCUGUGGGUGGGGUGAGCUCAGCCCCCUCUGAUCCUUGGCUUGAAAAAUCCUCGGCUGCUUUGAACUACGGAAUUGGCGCUGUUCUAGGUCCCACAUAAUACCCAUUAUGCAUUUGUAAGAAAUCAAUCUUUUUUUUUGUCUAGAGUGGGACUUAAUCUCUGGAACUCACUACCUAUUGACACCAGGCAGGUGCCUUCCCUGCCCUCUAUUUGGCGUUUGCUAAAAAAACAUUUUUGUUUAGAAAAGCCUUUAAAAAAGAUUGCUGUAAGUUUUAAUCUGUUCUUAGUUCAUUGCUGAUUUUAUCUUUUGAAGAAUUGUUUUUAUAGUUAGUUUUAUAGUUUUAUUCUCUCUGAGACUUUUUGCUUUACAAUCAAUUGGUAUAUAAAUUUUAUGGAAAGAAGAGGGGUUAUUUAUAAGAACAUGAGACUUCCUCCAUUUUCUUUAUCCCAUGAAAGUGCUUGGAGAGCAGAGUGUUCUUUCCAAAGUGUUUGCCUGCCAGCUGGUGACAAUUUUGAAUUGUUUUCAGGCUCCAGGAGGUGAACUCCAUGAUCAACAAACGGCUCAAAGAUGCUCUUUUCACAGACCAGUGGAGCGAACUCUUCAUGGAGGUGUUGAGUCCAUUUAAUUUUGUACUGGUAAGCACCGAGGGGAACUCAGUGACAAGCUGAGGACAGGUUAAGAAUGUUGGGGGGGGGUGGGCUUUCUUUCUUGGUUACGAAUGCAAAUGCUUUUAAUAACUGCAAAUAAUCAGAGGGCUGAUAAAAGUAAUUUUUACACAAAAUAACAACAGUGAAUCAGAAUGUUGUUUGUACUAACAGAUUUUUUUUUUAAGCCAGGAUCAAUGCAAACUUAAUUAAGGGACUGUGUUAUUAUUCCCGCAGUUGUUGUUAUUCUUUUAAUUUUUUUUUUAAUCAAUAGAAAUUUACAAUCAAACAAUUUCUAUAAUCAUUUUGUGAGAUUCUCUGACUCUCAUGAUUCCCCCCUGCCCAUCUCCUACAUGGGUCCUUAUUACAGUAAUUAAGACUGCAUAUCAAUAUGUUCUCCACUAUUUCCAUUUUCCCAAAUUAUCCAUAAACUUCGUUACUUUACAAGUGAUUCUUAUAGUCCAGCUAAAGUUUUGCUUUGCUUACAGUGCUCUCCUAAGUAAAUUGUAAAUUUCCCCCAUUCCUUUUUAAAGUCCUUGUCUUCUUGGUUCCUGAGUCUCCCAGUUAGUUUUGCCAUUUUGGCAUAGUCCAGCAGUUUAGAUUACCAUUGUGUGUGUGUGUGUGUGUGUGUGUGUGUGUGUGUGUGUGAAACUACAUGGGCCAGAUCAGAUGCAUGAGCCGCAUUGGACAGGAGGCCCACCUGUCAAUCACCUGACAUCACAAUGAUGUCCGCUGCAAGGUGCCUUGAAGUUCCAAAGUCAGGGCUUAGAACUGUAGAGUUGGAAGGGACACCAACAGCCCUCUACCCAACCUGUCCCAUGCAACGCUUGAACCUGUGAUCUUGGUGUUAUCAGCAACUUAGCUAUCCAGGCAUUGGAGAAAAGGUGAGGUGUAAAAAAAAUUAAAUAAAGGCUGUAAUAAUAAAAAUAAGGAGCACGUCAAAGUACCUUUCAGGGUACUGCUAAAAGGAGGUUUUCCCUGACUGUUUCUUUUUAAAACUGCUUUAUUGGUUUUAAAAGAAAAAACAUAGCAAGACAAAGAAAAAAUAUAUCAAAAAUGUAGUACAGAACAAAAAGCAAUCCGAAAAAGAGUUUGCACUUCUUACAUCCAAAAUUGAGUUUAAAAGGUAAAGGGACCCCUGACCAUUAGGUCCAGUCACAGAUGACUCUGGGGUUGCAGCGCUCAUUUCGCUUUACUGGCCGAGGGAGCUGGUGUACAGCUUCUGGGUCAUGUGGCCAGCAUGACUAAGCCUCUUCUGGCGAACCAGAGCAGUGCAUGGAAACUCCGUUUACCUUCCCACUGGAGCGGUACCUGUAUAUCUACUUGCACUUUGAGGUGCUUUCGAACUGUUAGGUUGGCAGGAGGAGGGACCGAGCAACGGGAGCUCACUCCAUCGCAGGGAUUCGAACCACUGACCUUCUGAUCGGCAAGCCCUAGGCUCUGUGGUUUAACCCACAGCGCCACCCGCGUUAAUUCUUCACUAAUUCUAGUAUGAUUUCUGAUCUCCCUGCUGUGGUUCCUGGGUUUCCUUUCGCUAUGCUUCCUUUCCUUGACUGUUUCAGCAAGGGGUUCUGAAUUAGGAAAUUUGCUGAAAUGAGCAGGAUUUAACCCCUCCACUCACCAGCUGAUGAGCAGGAUGUGUGUGUAAAAUCCUGCUGCUUUGGCUAUGUGCCCCUGUUCCUUGCUCGAAACCGGUACACACUGCCAGUGCAGGAUUUAACCUUGUCCUCCCACUCAUCAGAUGAUGUCACAAGUGACAUCAGCUGGUGGGCAGGUGUUGGGGGAGUUAGCCUUGCAGAUCUCAAGUGUCUGUUGGCAAUGCGCUGGUCCCUGGUCCCUGGCCAUGGUAGUGGUGGGCAAUAAGCCAGGGGUGGGGCAGCUGUGGUUGAUUGAUUGAUUGAUUGAUUGCAUUUCUAUGCCACUGUUCAUUCAAAUGAAUCUCAAAGCGAUUUAACAACCUAUAAAUAACCAUAACAUAAUAAAACAUGAUAGCACAUCGCAAAUACAUCAUAUGUCAUAUAAAAGAAUUAACAAAUUAUCCCCAAAAAUUUGCAAUCUAUAAAAAACAGCAACUAAAAAAUAAGCUAAACCUCACAGUUGUGACAACUGGUGCGUUUAACAAAUCGAUGCAGCAUUUAGAAUCCAUAAAACAAUAUUAAAAACAUUAACAAAAUAGUAACUAAAGAUAUAAACUAAGCACUAAGUUCAUUCAUACCCCCAUUCACACACCCCAUCUCUGCACCCCCAUGACUCAUAACCUUUCACUCUGUUCAGUUCAUUAGAAUACAAUCAUACAUCGGGUUACAGACGCUUCAGGUUGCGCGUUUUCGGGUUACGGACGCGCUGAAACCCGGAAGCACUGGAAUGGGUUACUUCAGGGUUUCGGCGCUCGCACAUGCACAGAAGCGCUGAAUCACACUUUGCACAUGCACAGAAGCUCCGAAUCACAACCCGCACAUGUGCAGACACGGUGCUGCAGGUUGCGGAUGUUGUGGGUUGCGAAUGUGCCUCCCGCACGGAUCAUGUUCGCAACCCGAGCGUCCACUGUACACAAAUGCACAUAAUGUCUGUCACUGCCCAUGGGUCCACUCUUCUGACCCAUAGCCUCUGCCCUCUCGAAGUGGCAGCCUCCCAGUUGAUCCAGACAGAUUUCCUGCCCACUCCUGUCCUAAAGCGCAUUAUGCGAUGCAGCUUGAUAUGGUGUCCCAAUUCAGUUUGCCAGGAUGGCAGCCCAGUGGAUCGGCAUCAUCUGAUCCUUAGCUUUCAAAGGCCUCUCUUAGCCUACCAGUGGGAGGAUAAUACAGUGGUACCUCAGGUUACAGACGCUUCAGGUUACAGACGCUUCAGGUUACAGACUCCGCUAACCCAGAAAUAGUGCUUCAGGUUAAGAACUUUGCUUCAGGAUGAGAACAGAAAUCGUGCUCCGGCGGCACGGCAGCAGCAGGAGGCCCCAUUAGCUAAAGUGGUGCUUCAGGUUAAGAACAGUUUCAGGUUAAGUACGGACCUCCGGAAUGAAUUAAGUACUUAACCCGAGGUAUCACUGUAUGGAGAGAGCCAGUCUGACCUCUCUUGGGAGAGAACCUCACAACCUGGGAGCGGGGACCAAAAAGGCUCUCUCUGGUUCAUUCCUCUGACGUCGAGGGCACUGAGAGAAGGUGCUCACACAGGGAGGCAGGUUCGCAUAGAGAGAGGCGUCCCCAAGAUGCACACGAAACCUCAGACGACAGCCCAGAUUGCAAAGAUCUGCAUGCACCAGCCCAUUCUGGCCCAGUGACUGCGGCGCUGGUGGGAUUCAGGGAUGCAAAGGCUGGCUGAGGCGAUGCCCCUCGUGAGUGUCGCAGGUGCCAACCUCCCUCCCUCCACAGCCCCGCUUUUGAGGAUAUGAGGGUGCGAGGCUCCAGUAGCCUUGGCAAAGCCAGGGUGCUCCAGGCAUGCUGCUUUGGGUUCUUGCCUGCCUGAGUUCCUCGGAUGACCUCAGAACCCUGCCCUGCUCCGGACGAUAACAUCACAGCGGUCUCCAUGGCGAUGCCAUGGAGACGAGGAGCAUCAGAGCGUUUGGGAGGCUGUUGUGACGGCGAAGGGGAGAGGAGCGGCUGCUGGUUUCUCAAGGGCUGAGGAUCCUGCUGUGCUCUCUCCCUAUUUCGGACAGCCUCUGUGUGACUUGGGGCGAUGGGAUGGGCUUGUUCUGACAGCCUGACUCUACUCCUCUCUCUCUCUCUCUCUCUCUCUCACCCUGUCCACCCCACACACAACCGGAGCUUUCCAGGACACAUUCAUAACGUGCCAGAUCACCUUGGGACAACUCCAUCUCCCUUGCAUGUUUUACUUUUGUGCUCUUGAACUGGAUAUGCUAUUCUCACUGUGGCAUACGAGGUAAUAUAAUACAGAAAGGAAACACACUUUGAAAAUGGAGCGCUGUGCAUAACUCAUAAGAACAUGAGAAGAGGCCAGCUGAAUGAGGCCAAUGGCCCAUCUAGUCCAGCAUCAUGUUCUCACCAUGACUGACCAGAUCCCUGUUGGAAACCUGCAAGCAGGACCUGGGCACAAGAGCCCAUUUUCCCCUCCUAUGGUUUCCAGCAACUGGAAUUCAGAAGCCUUGCUGCCUCCAGCUGUGGAGGCGCAGCAAAGCCAUUGAAAUAUACUCAGAGUCGAGACUGGAUUUCAUGCUCUUUAUUCAGCUCAUAGUGGUGAGGAGGAAUGGAAGUUCCCCCAAAGUAUCUGCUUUAUAUACAUUAUUUACACAAUGGGCUGCACGUGAUUGGCUAAUUCUGGAAUUCUCCUGUAGGCCAAUCAGAUUGUGGAUUCACUUCCAUCUGGAGCUGGAUUGGGUGGCUCCUGCAGACCAAUCAGGCCGCUGCAUUCUGAAUCUAUUAUUCUAUGACCAAUCAGACUGCUGCAUUUUGGAUCCUAUUGUUCUAGGACCAAUCAGACUGCUGCAUUUUGGAUCCUAUUCAACUCAGUACAUAACAGCCAUCAUGGGUGGUAGCCAUCAAUAAGCUGACUUUCCACGAAUACACAUACAGUAGUACCUCGGGUUACAUACGCUUCAGGUUACAGACUCUGCUAACCCAGAAAUAGUGCUUCAGGUUAAGAACUUUGCUUCAGGAUGAGAACAGAAAUCGUCCUCCAGUGGUGCGGCAGCAGCGGGAGGCCCCAUUAGCUAAAGUGGUGCUUCAGGUUAAGAACAGUUUCAGGUUAAGAACAGACCUCCGGAACGAAUUAAGUACUUAACCCGAGGUACCACUGUAGUUUGCAUUUGUUUCUCCAGACACCAGCUCUAGCCCUAACCUGGACUCUCCCUCCUUGGAUGUUUUUAAGCAGAGCUUGGGUGUCCUUCUGUUAUGGACGCUUUAGUUGACAUUCCUGCAGUACAGUGGUACCUCAGGUUACAGACGCUUCAGGUUACAGACUCCGCUAACCCAGAAAUAGUGCUUCAGGUUAAGAACUUUGUUUCAGGAUGAGAACAGGAAUCGUGCGGCGGCGGCGGGAGGCCCCAUUGUCUAAAGUGGUACCUCAGGUUAAGAACAGUUUCAGGUUAAGAACAGACCUCCAGAACGAAUUAAGUUCUUAACCCGAGGUACUACUGUACAUUUCAGUUCACUUUUAAUUUGUAACACCGCCUUCCUAUGUUACUAUACAUACACAAGGUGAUUCACGAGCUGAAGAAACAAGAAAAUAGACAGCAAAGGUCACAUAUGUAAUAACAAUCUGAUCCAGUACCAAAAAAAAAAAAAGUCACAAUAACUUUGAAACAAACAGCUUAGAUCAAAUACAGCAAUACAGACGUACCUUGGUUUUCAAACAGCUUAGUUCUUAAAUAUUUUGGCUCCUGAAUGCCGUCAAAAAAAAAAAAAAGGGAGUAUUUCGGUUUGCAAAAUAUUUUUGGAAGCCAAACAUUGGACGGGACUUCCUCGGCUUCGGCUUCCAGGAGCUUCCUGCAGCCAAUCAGAAAACACAAUUUGGUUUCCGAACGUUUUGGAAGUCAAAGGUACGACUGUAUUCAGCAAUCCGUUGUAAUAGAAUAGUAAACAAUAAAAUUAAAGGUCAACAAAUAAUAAUUAAACAGUUUACACUUGUCAGUUACAAUAAAGAAUUACUAAACCAUGAUCAAUAAAAAUAACGGCAAGUCAGAAUGCAUAAAAUACCACAAAACAUACAAAACCAUGUAAAAGGGUCAAAUUGAGAAACAAGGUUGGACUAGAUGACCUCAGUGGUCCCCUCCAACUUUGUGAUUCUAUACUUCUGUUGUUCCAUUCUCCUUAAUUAGACUUUGCUGUUGCAGAUAAGCCUGCAAUUCUCCCAUCCUGAGUCUUGGGUGUGUGUGUUCAGGAUUCGAACUGAGUGCCGUGCCUUCUGCGAGGGUGGAGAGAUAUAUUUAUUCAUUAUUGCAUUUCUAUCCCACUUUUCCUCCCAAGGAGCUCAAGGGUGGUGUACGUAGUUCUCCCCACACCUCCCCACUUUAAACCCUCACAACAACCCUGUGAGGUAGGUAACGCUGAGGGACAGUGGCUGGCCCAAGAUCACCCAGCGACCUUCAUUGUGGCCAAGUGGGAAAAUGAACACCGGUCUCCCAGGCCCUCUAGCCAGGUGCUCUAACCAUUGCACCAUGCUGCCUGGCUCUCUCACUGCCUUUCGCUCUUCCAGGUGAGCACGGUGCGGAUGCAAGGUGUCAUCCUGAUGGUCUUUGCCAAGUACUACCACCUGCCGUUUCUACAGGACAUCCAGACGGACUGCACCAGGACGGGACUGGGAGGAUACUGGGUAAGUGUCAGGGGUUGUGCUGAGGAGGGCUGCACUGAAAAAAAAGGUGGGAGCUACCCCCUCCCUCUGAUCCUGAUCCUGAAUCUUCCCAGGAGCAGGAGGACAGUAUAGAUUUAGAACAACGGUUUGCAGAGGGGCAUAGUUCAGAAGGCAGAAGCUGGGAAAUACUGGAUUGGGAGCAGUUAGGAGAACUGGGGGAGGGAGGGUUAACAGAUUCACUCUCUCUGGAAAGCAAUCCUCCGCUCUCCCUAAGGUCAAGAAGAGCUCAGAAAGUGGCAGAACAGGAGAGACCUGUCAGGAGUAAGCAUGGACCAAUGGUACCAAAUAGUAUGGGAAACAGCCCUACUAGAAAAAUUAACUAAUAAACUGAAACUGACACAGGGACAAAUAGAAGAAGACACCUUCAUGGCUCCCCUUUAUCACAUACACAACCCAACAAGACCACGACAAAAAUCCACCAACAGCAUACAAAUCAGUAGGGCUAACCUAAUCCAAAACACCCACCCACCCCACUCACACAUGAAAACACAGCCAACCACAAAUGAACAACCCCACCCUAGGCCAACCCCAACCUCUCUCACCACCAAAGGAACACAAGCGAACAGCAGAGAACCUGCACAAGCAACGCUGACACAAAACCCCACAUAUAGUAAGUAAAAUAGAAACAUUGCCACCCCCAUCUUCCCCCCUCCACCUCUUUCCCCUUUUUCUUCCUAAUGUCUCAACAAAUGAAACUGAUUUGUAAAAAUGUUACAUGGAAAAAAAAAUACAAGAGACAUUGCAAACACUUUUGUAAAUCAAGAAAAGCAUAUAUAUAUAUAUAUAGGCAGAACAGAAAACAUAACGGUUCCAAGCUCAGAUUACAAGACGUAGGAGUGACGUAGUUUAAUAGGGAUGGAGGGAGGAGGGAACUUAAUUGGGAACACUGCAAAUUGGAGGAGUGGUCUUUGUUCUCUCGCUGUGAUUAUUAAAGUUUCUAACUGUUAAGAAGACUCCUUAUCUGCUGCCACAAGGGAGGAACUCGAUUCCCUGAAGCCUAACAGAAAGUGUGCAUGGGUCCAAGGGCGCAGAGUGAAGGCAUAGCCUCUGGUGGCAGCUGAUCCAUACCUUUCUCCCCCCCUCCCUCUCCAAUGCAGGGCAAUAAAGGCGGGGUGAGCAUCCGCCUCUCCAUCUUUGGCAACAUGGUCUGCUUCCUUAACUGCCACCUACCGGCACACAUGGAGAAGGCAGAACAGCGCAAGGAGGACUUCACCACCAUCCUCCACAUGCAGCAGUUCGAAGGGCCGUCAGCCAGCGGGAUCCUUGACCACGAGUAAGUCUUGGUCCCAGGUGCAUUGCAUAUCAAUUGCCCCACCCAUUUUUCCUUUGCCCCGCCCACCCCUGGUAUGUCCCCCUCCCCCACAAACAUCCCGAAGGGAAUGUGGCCCUGUGGCUGAAAAGCUCUCCUGUAUGAUACAGAGUCUGACCUUUUCUCCUGGAUAAUCGAGUUGGAAAGGGUCCCCCAGUGCUCAUCUAGUCCAACCCCCUGUAAUGCAGGAAUCACAACUAAAUAAACCUGGACAGAUGGCCAUCCAACCUCUCCUUAAAAACCUCCAGUGAAAGAGAGACCCCACUGCCUUCCGAGAGAGACUGUUCCACUUUCGAACAGAUCUUACCAUCAAAAAGUUCUUCCUGAUGUUUAGUCGGAAGGCGAUUUUGAGCAGAGAGAAACAAGAAGGAAGAUGGGCAGGACUCCCAAUCCACCCCAGCCUCCGUUCCACUGCCUCGGUUAUUUCCCCUCUUCCCAGUUAUGCUGGUCUCUGAGACUCCUUUUCAAUGUGUAUGAAUGCAUAUCUUCCUAUAUAAAUAGAAAUGUAAGGUGUUGUCACGCUCUGUAGUUCACACGUCUGCCAGCAGGUGGCCACGCCAGCUGCACCACGAGGAACGGCAGGCAGGCUCACGGAAGCUGUUGGGGAGGUCAGCUAUGGAGAGGAUAGGUGGGUGAGAUUUAAAGGGUGGGGGGAAGGUGCGGGGGAAGGGCAAAGGGGUAGGCGGGGUUGACAAACCGAGUGAGCAGGGGAACCAGCCCCUAAUGCACACAUACUUAUUUAUAGGCUGUUUUUUCCUAGGGCAGAACACUUAUAAGAAAGCUUACAUCUGCCUUUCUAAGGCAGGUGCCCUCCAGCUGUUCUGGACUUCCAUCAACCUCAGCCAGAAUAGCCUGGAAAGUGCCGGACUGAGAAAGCUGGGAUUAUGUAAUCAUGAAAUUACUUUGGAAACCAGGCACUUUAAGACUUUUGAAGGACAGCGGCAUUUUUGGGUGUGUUUAAAACAGCAAUGACACAUAGGCCAGUUAAUCUGAAUGUUAAUAAAACAGCAACCCAGAUUCAAAGUGAUAUAUAUCUUCCUAUAUACAUAAAAACGCGAGGCUGUCAUCACGCAGUCCCCCUGUUGGAGGAUCUGUGGCACUGCAUCACAUUCUUGGAUUUGCAUGAAGUCAGAGUGGGGGGGGGAGAGAACAAAAUAAGAAGGGCAGGUUUUUAAACGGAGGUUUUACAUAAUGGCAGAGGUUGCAAUGAAGCAGGAAUAGAGGGACACAGAGGAGCUGAGUAGGGAUGAGGUGGGGCAGUUGAAGGAACUGUGAGGGAAUAUGGAGGCUAAAACUGCAGAGUUGGAAGGGACCCCUGCGGGUCAUCUAGACCAACCCCCUGCAGCGAAGGAAUCGUGGCUAAAAGUCCCUAACAGAUGGCCAUCCAACCUCUGUUUAAAAGUCUCCAAUGAAGCAGAACCCAUGACUUUGAGUGAGUCCAUUCCACUGUAGAUCAGCUUCCGUUCAAGUCCUCCCCUCUGGAGCAGCAGAAAACAAGCUUGUAACAGCCCUUUAGGUAUUUGAAGAAGGCGAUCACGUCAUUCUUCUCUUCUCCGGGCUAAGCUAACUCCCUCCCCUCCCUCCCCCUGUCUCUCUCACACAUCUAGGGGGUGGGGAGAGAGGGUGGGGAGAAAUCGAUGGAUGGAAAGCAUUUGUGCAGAAAUCGUGCCCAACCCAAACCAGAUUCCCAGAACUCACAGGCGAAUUUCCAUCUUCAAAGUGGUUGCUUUCUGACACUUUUUUUUUUAAAAAAAAAGAAGGAAAAAAAUAUGGGAGGGUAUCAGUGCUAAGUGCAAUCUGUCUCCCUGCCCCCCCACCAUCUGCCCACAUCACUUCUGCCAUCUGAUUCCGACUGGUUCCCGCUGGUGGAAAUGUGUCUUCGUGGGCCGCCCAGGUGGGCAGACUGGCACACGCAGGGCUUGCUGUGACAUCUGACCCUUUUGAAGCCUGAGGCUCUCUUUAUCGGGAGGCUUCGACUAACCAGGCGGCGCUCGAAGCUGAUGCCGAUGGUCCAGGCCACCUGAUCCAUUCGGCGGCGGAGCAGUUUGGAAGUCAGCCAGGAGGGCUUCCGGCUUGCGUUGACCUACAUCCCGGCUCAGAAUCUCGGCUUAGCCACCGCUGUUUGUUCCCUGCAAAAGCCUCCUUCCUCUGCUGCUUGGGAGAGAGGGCUCCUUCUCCCCUCAAUCGUGUCCCAGUUGUUUGUUUGCGCGUGUGUGAGAGAGAAAUGCCUGUUGUUGUUUUUUUAAAAAGAAAUAUUUUAUUUAUUAGAUUGAUAUACCGCCUUGCAUCAGAAGAUCUCAGGGUGGUUUCCAAUAUGAAAACACACGAUAAAGGCAUAAACAAAUACCGUAUUUUUCGCUCAAUAAGAUGCACGCAGCAGGCCAUAAGACGCACCUAGUUUUUGGAGGAGGAAAACAAGAAAAAAUAUAUAUUCUGAAUCCCAGAAGCCAGAACAGCAAGAGGGAUCUGGCUUCUGGGAUAGCCUCUUGCUGUUCUGGCUUCUGGGAUAGCUGCGCGAAGCCUCUCCCGGGCAGUGGGAGGAAGGCUCCCCCAAGAGCUGUGCUCCCUUUAAAGAGCGCACGGAGCAUGUGUGCAGCUCUUGAGGGCUUUUACCCAAGGAGGGAGAAGGGCAGCCCUUCUCCCUCCUUGGGGAAAAGCCCCCAAGAGCCGCACAAACGAUCCACACGGCUCUUUAAAGGGAGCGCUGAGCAGAGCCUCCCGCCUGCAUUCGCUCCAUAAGACGCACACACAUUUCCCCCUUUUAGGAGGGGGAAAUUGUGUCUUAUAGAGCGAAAAAUACAGUAGUUAAGCAGGCCAUUGAGCUACCGCAAGGAAUUUGCACAACCAAGGAACAGCUUUUCCCUGGCUGCCUUGCUCUCCAACAUCUGAUAGCCCUGCUCUUUUACAUGGAGGUUCUCUAGUUAGGUGAACAGCCACACUGCUAGACAUCCUCUGUGAAUGUGUCUUAUUUUCUGCCUUCCCUUCUGACUUGGCCGUGCUGUGGACGCAAACAGCCGAGGGUCCCAGCCUCACCUGUGUCUCCUUUCCCUCCCCCCCCCCAGCAUCGUCUUUUGGUUUGGGGACCUCAACUUCCGCAUCGAGAGCCUAGACAUCCGCUUUGUGAAAUACGCCAUUGACAACAACAUCCUCCACCAGCUCUGGGAGAAGGACCAGGUGAGGGCUCACUUUCUCUCUCUCUCUCUCUGUGUGUAAUAAGGUGUCAGUAGGUUCCUCCCUGGGACACGGGUGACACUGUGGAGCCUAGGACUUGCCAAUCAAAAGGUCGGCGGUUCGAAUCCCCGCAACGGGGUGAGCUCCUGUUGCUCGGUUCCUGCUCCUGUCAACCUAGCAGUUCAAAAGCACACCAGUGCAAGUAGAUAAAUAGGUACCACUAAGGCGGGAAGGUAAACUGCAUUUCCGUGCGCUGCUCUGGUUCGCCAGAAGCGGCUUAGUCAUGCUGGCCACAUGACCCAGAAGCUGUACGCCGGCUCCCUCGGCCAAUAAAACGAGAUGAGUACCGCAACCUCAGAGUCUGUCACAACUGGACCUAAUGGUCAGGGGUCCCUUUCCCUUUUUGAAGAGGGCUGCCUUCAGAUGUCUUCUAAAAAUCUGGUAGUUGUUCUUCUCUUUGACAUCUGGUGGGAGGGCGUUCCACGGGGGGGGGGGGGUGCCACUACUGAGAAGGCCCUCUGCCUGGUUCCCUGUAACUUGGUUUCUUGCAGUGAGGGAACCGCCAGAAGGCCCUCGGCGCUGGACCUCAGUGUCCGGGCAGAACAAUGGGUUGGAUACGCUCCUUCAGGUGCUCUCAUCCUUUCUCUCUCUUUGCCUCGGGCUCUUGUUCUACGCAGCUGAACAUCGCUAAGAACACCUGGCCUAUCUUGAAAGGCUUCCAAGAGGGACCCCUCAAUUUCCCCCCAACCUUCAAGUUUGACGUGGGCACUGACAUGUAUGACACCAGGUAAUGGGGCGUGUCUGGCUGGACAGGAUGGGGGCAUUCAUAUCCUAAGUGGAGGGAUAGGGGAGAACCGCUGUGCCCUCAGGCACUUCCUUUAGUGCCCGCUCAUUCUGCUCUCUCGCGUGCCUCACAGUGCCAAGAAAAGGAAGCCGGCUUGGACCGACCGGAUCCUGUGGAAGAUCAAAGGCUCUGGUGCACCGACGCAUCCCGGGAGAUCCAUCUGUGGCCUCCUGUCUGUGAACCAGCUAUGCUAUUGCAGCCACAUGGAGUACACCGUCAGUGACCACAAGCCGGUGGUCUCCAUCUUUGCCGUGAAGGUGAGUCUGGAGCCCUGGUGGAAAGUGACGCAGCCGGGAAUCUCUGGGCUGUCCUGGCUGUGCACCAAGUCAGGUCUGUGCUGUUGUGAGUGGUGAAGAUCAAGGCUUCUCUUCAACCAAUAAACUGGGACAGAGAAUUUUGCUCUGUCUAAUGAAUUCUUCUCCUAAACCUGUGGUUUCCAAACUUUGGGGGGCCUCUGCUGCCCCCUUGGUUCCAUCCCCAGUGCCCCCUACUCUGCCCUAUGCAAAGCAUUAAUCGUUAUAGUGGUUUGCACAAACCACUAAGGACUACAAUAAUAAAAUUAGAAACAGUGGAAAAUGCAUAUUUAUUCAAAAUCCAAUUGAAAUUACAAGCAAUGACCAUUCUGCACGCAUUCAAGGCAGGCUCAGCUGUGCAUGCACACAUCCUGUUCGGACCUGGAAGAGGGUGUAACAGGGUCGUGAUGACAGGCUUACAUGUGCUACACAGUCAGGUGUGAUGACCUGUAACACAGUCCCCGUGCAAAUCGGGGGUUGCCUGCAUUUAGUUUAACCCCACAAAACCGAUGAACUCGUGAUACCAGCUGUUAAAGCCUGAUAGUCAUUUACGACUCCACUGUGGGAAUAUUAAGGACAGUGGGGGAGGAUAUAUUGAUUAAAUAUUAUCCUUCCUUCACUCAUGCUAGUGAGUCAUGUAGCAGAGCAGAUUCCCCGCAAUACAGCAGACUGGAUUAUUCCUUUGAUCCCUCUUAAAAGACAAAAAUCUUUCCUUAAAAGUAACAAGAAGUUUACUCACAUUCAGUUCACAGUAUGAUCGCUGAAGGCAGAUUUUAGCUUGUAGUUACAGAACAUAGUGUGAAUUCAUCCCCUUAUGGGGAUUGAGCCCAUGUGCUGCUGGCUGAGAGCCAGCAGACAGCAAAAUACAUUAAGAGAACAGCAUCAAGAGAACAAAAUGGCUGCAGGAGAGCAGCAUGUCAUCAAGAGAGAAGAGAUGGCUGUGUGACUCGGCUCUUUUAUGAAGUCAGCCAGGGUCACAUGCAGGGGAAGGACGCUCCAGACCAGUAGAACAGGAAGUUACACUGACUGGAUGUCCCCCUGCCUGUGCCCACUCUAGGGAAACAAGGAGUGUUGUAUUUGACUGCUCCAAUGGGUUACAUCCCACAUCCAGCACCCCCUGCUGCCCCCUUGCCUUUUGGUGUCCCCCUAGAUAAUCCCACCACUUCCUAGGGAGUGGUACCACCCACGUUGGGAACCGCUGCCUUAGCAGGUUGCUGUGAGUUGUCAAACAUAGCAAAGCCUGGCUCUAAUAAUAAUAAUAAUAAUAAUAAUAAUAAUAAUAAUAAUUUAUUUAUACCCUGCCCUUCCCAGUUCAGAAAACCGGGCUCAGGGUGGCUAACAACAAAUUUAAAACACUUAAUUGAUGCAACAAAAAACAGCAUAAAAUACAGUAUAAAACGUGAAUAACAAUAAAUUCAGAAUUCAAAAAUCAAAAAUCAAUUUAGGGGGGAAAUCCAUCCAAUAAACAUUAGAUGGUCACCAGGGCUAGCUGGCUAAAUUAGUCCUAUUUGGGCCAGCGAGGAGACCAGGGGAGAAUUAGCUGUGGGAUCCAGAGCGGGUAAUCUUCAUAAACCACCUGCUCCCCUUUCUCUCUCUCUCUCUCUCUCUCUCUCUCUCUCUCUCUCUGGCAGUUUGCUUCCAGGGCUGACGUGCCGCUGGUGGAGCUUCAGGUAGCUGAUGAGUGGACGAAACCGGAGCAAGCUGUCACCUGGUACAAGGUGUCUUCGAGCUAUCACCGCAGCUCCUGGGACUGGGUCGCCCUUUACCGGGUAAGGGGCAGUUGCCGCACACAGUGGUUUUCCAGUAACACCUGACUGAGGGCUGCGGCGACACGAGGGCAGAGCAUAUCAAAUAAAAGAAGCUUUGAGUGUGCUUGCUUCUGCACACAGGGGAAUGGGCUGUGAUGCGCACCGUGAGAUUUUGCACAGCUUCUCUCCCCCCCCCCCCGCAGCAGCAGCUGACCUCUUGCAAAGCUCACCUUUCCUGCAUGCAAUAUCCCAAUUCCUUUUUUCUGCCAUCACUGUUAAGACGAAACGAAGAAUGAGAAUAACAGAAAACAAUUUUGUGUGUGUGCAUGGGCUAGCCUAUCUCUUAGUGCUUCUCAGGAAGGGAUGUUAAGAAAUUCAGGGGUGGGGUGGGAAAAUCCCCAAUCUUUGUAUUCUGCACAUACAUUUCAGAAAGGCAGCCAGAUGAUAUUUUAUUUAACCUGACAGUUCUGUCUACUGUAUUUUAUCUUUGACAACCUGAUCUAAUAACAUCAAAAUCCAUUACUAUUUUUGGUGUGGUUUUAGCAAUUAAUGAAGCUCUUUGUUUCUCAUUUAGUUUCUUUCCACUGAAAGUGUCAGGAAGCCGAUAAAUAUUUUACAAUCCCUGACUGCGAAAGGCAGCCUGGAUGAACUGUAAUUAUUACAAAUGCAAUGUUUUUAAGUGUUUCAAGCAUAACCCUGCUACCAUUCUUAUAAAAGCCCUACUGGGUAGGACUGUGUUAUUAUUCCCCCUACUGCAGUAGCUAAGAUAAAGCAAAUGACUUUGGGCCACCUGGUCUGCACAGGCUCUCCCAAGAUCAUUUUCCACUCUGCUCUGUUCCGCCACCUCUCGGGGGGCGGGGGGGAGCUAGGAUUAAAACAAUUUCAGGAUGAUUUCCAGAAUGCGAUGAUUCCCAGGGCCAAACCUCCAAGGCAUCUGAUCAAAAUUAUUCAUGCUGCCAAGGUGGAGGGAGCAACAAACAGCCACAUGACAAAGAUGAUCAGCAGCAAUGCUUGCUCUGUGCUGUGGGAGGUUCAGAAACAGCACAAAUGAAGGCUGGCGAACUCCUUGCAGGAACCCGAAGUUUUUGGUGUGCACAGGAAAGCCAUUUUUUACAGCGUCAGAUCUUUAGGUCACCUAGCCAAGGGCCAUUGCCUCUGACAAAUCAGACCCGCGGUCUAACUAGCUCGGUAUUGUCCCCACUAGGAGUCAGGCAGGGGUCUUUCCCAGGCCUGCUUGGAGAUGCUGGAGUUUAAAGCAGAUACCUUCUACAUGCCAAGCAUGUGCUCUGCUACUGAGCUAUGUCCCUUCCCAAAACCCUCUGGUAUAGCAGGUUAAUUUUAUUUUACUUUAUUUCAUUUGCAUAUGGACGCGGGUGAUGCUGUGGGUUAAACCACAGAGCCUAGGACUUGCCAAUCAGAAGGUCGGGGAUCCGAAUCCUCGCAACGGGGUGAGCUCCCGUUGCUCGGUCCCUGCUCCUGCCAACCUAGCAGUUCGAAAGCACGUCAAAGUGCAAGUAGAUAAAUAGGUACCGCUCUGGCGGGAAGGUAAAUGGCGUUUCCGUGUGCUGCUCUGGUUCGCCAGAAGUGGCUUAGUCAUGCUGGCCACAUGACCCGGAAGCUGUAUGCCGGCUCCUUCAGCCAAUAAAGCCGCAACCCCAGAGUCGGUCACAACUGGACCUAAUGGUCAGGGGUCCCUUUACUAUGUAUAUGUGUAUGUGUAUACAUAUACACAUAUACAUAUACAAAUGAAAUAAAGUAAAAUAAAAUGUGUGUGUGUGUGUGUGUGUGUGUGUGUGUGUGUACAGUGGUACCUCGGGUUAAGAACUUAAUUCGUUCCAGAGGUCCGUUCUUAACCUGAAACUGUUCUUAACCUGAGGUACCACUUUAGCUAAUGGGGCCUCCUGCUGUCAUCGCACCGCUGCUGCGCAAUUUCUGUUCUCAUCCUGAAGCAAAGUUCUUAACCCGAGGUACUAUUUCUGCGUUAGCGGAGUCUGUAACCUGAAGUGUUAUAUUCCCGUGGUACCACUGUGUGUGUGUGUGCUUUUUUUCUGGGGGGACGCAGGGGUAUGCAUACCCCUAAACAUUUUGUGAAUCUUUGUACUUUUGUCCAUUUACUGUAACUAUAUUCCCCGAUUUGAAUUGUAAAAUGGUGAUUUUCUUGAGUCAAAAUGAGAUUACCCCUAAACAUUUUUUUUUAGAAGAAAAGCACUGUAUAUAUUACAGGUUCCAAAUUAAAGUCCAUUUUUAUUUUAUUUCAUUUCAAGAGCUGACACUCCCAGACCCUUUAUAGCAGUAUCGUAAUCCUAGAAUCGUAGAGUCGGAAGGGACCACUGAGGAUCAUCUAGUCCAACCCCCUGCAAUGCAGGAACAUCCAGCUGCCCCAUAUGGGGAUCGAACCUGCAACCUUGGCCUUAUCAGCACCAUACUCUAACCUGCUGAGCGAUCCUGUGGUGGAAGACACAAUAAUAGGAGGGCUAUUAGGGGUUUCUUUUGGUGGGGGAGAGGAUGCACAACCCCGCUGGGAAAAAACCCUGGUGAUGUUUUUCUGGACCCCUCCCCCUCUCCCCUCUCCCAGGUGGGCUUCCGACACUUGAAGGACUAUGUCGCCUAUGUCUGGGCAAAGCAGGAAGAUGCUGAAAGCAAUGUUUACCAGGUAUGGGAAUAUGAAUUUUUUUGGGGGGGUAAACAGUAAACAAUUUUGCAUUAUGAUAUCAUGGGAGUAUGUAUUUAAAGUGCUGCAUAAUAGGACAUGUUGGAUUAUAAUGGUACCUUGGUUCUCAAACUUAAUCGUUCCAGAAUUCCAUUCCAAAACCAAAGCGUUCCAAAACCAAGGCGCGCUUUCCCAUAGAAAGAAAUGCAAAAUGCAUGAAUCUGUUCCAGACUUUUAAAAACAACCCCUAAAACAGUAAUUCAACAUCAAUUUUACUAUAAUUGAUCCAUAAAAUGAAAGCAAUAAUCAAUGCCCUGUGUACUAUAAAAUAAAUAAGACAGUGUUGUAGAGGAUAAAAAAUUACUUUUUUUCUUACCUGCACUGAUGAUGAUCAUUGUUUGGAUGGGGGGCUUUUAUCCAUUUCCGCAGUCAUACAAUCAGUAGCUGAACUGGGUUGCACACAGUCACAAAAACAAAUAAACUGAAAAAGGCUCAGAAACAAAAACGCAAAAUAAAUAGCAAAAACAAAAGCGCCAAACUUAAUCCGUUCAGGAAGUCGGUUUGACCUCCGAAAUGUUCAAAAACCAAGGCGCGGCUUCUGAUUGGUGCAAGUACCCCAGAAACAAUAGCAUCAUUUGAAAACCGGAACACUUACUUCUGGGUUUUUGCCGUUUGAGAACCAAGGUACCGCUGUAUGAUAUUCUUACUGAUACCUAUGUUAUCAUUUAGAGCAGGGUUUCUGAAACUUAGGCCUCCAGCUUCUUUUUGGACCACAGUUCCCAUCAUCCUUGACCACUGGUCCUGCUAGCUAGGGAUGAUGGGAGUUGUAGUAAAAAAAUAUAUCUGGAGACCCAAGUUUGGGAAACCGUGAUUUAGAGUUUGUAUGGCACAUACAAAGUGUAUAUUUAUUAUUGCAUUAGACACCACCACCACUGGCUCUCUGCUGUUUAGGUUGGCAUUUUGCUGCUCUUGACCACCCUUAUAGCUGUCCCGUUUUCUCUUCCCAAAUAUUUAGUUACUGUUUCCAGAGGAGUCUCUACCCAAAGGGAAGGGUGACUAUAUCCUGGGUUACUACAGCAACAGCUACAGCUGUUUGGUGGGUGUGACAGAGCCCUUCCAGGUAAGCACAGAGACAGAUGUGCAAGAGGGAUGCUUAUUUGACAUUAAGCAGCAGUGCGAGUUGGGGGGAAAGUGCUCUAGCUCAGUAGGUAGAACAUCUGCUUUGCAUGCAGAAGGUCACAGGUUCGAUCCCUGACAUCUCCAGGUAGGACUGGGAGAGACCCCUGUCAGAAAUCCUGGAGAGCGACUGUGAGUCAUUGUGUGGACAAUACCAAGCUGUAGGGGUGCCUACUUGAAUAAAAUAUUGGUGGGCUCAGGUAACCCCCCCCCAUAUAAAGGUAAAGGCGACUAUGGGGUUGCGGUGCUCCUCUCGCUUCCAGGCCAAGGGACCCGGCGUUUGUCCACAGACAGCUUUCCGGGUCAUGUGGCCAGCAUGAUUAAACAGCUUCUGGCGCAACGGGACACCAUGACAGAAACCAGAGUGCAUGGAAAUACUGGUUACCUUCCUGCCGCAGUGGUAUCUGUUUAUCUACUUGCACUGGUGUGCUUUUGAACUGCUAGGUUGGCAGGAGCUGGACAGAGCAGCGGGAGCUCACCCUGUUGCGGGGAUUUGAACCGCUGACCUUCUGAACAGCAAGCCCAAGAGGCUUAGUGGUUUAGACCACAGUGCCACCUUUACCCCUUAUAAUCAAUAACAAGACGUGCCCCCCCAAACCAUUUGAAUAGCAAUGCUCAUCAACUUGAGAAGGGGGCCUGGCAGUUGAAAUAUUUUAUUUGGGGGGUGGGGCAGCUGAAGGGACCUUGGCCCCUAGGAAUUGGCUCCUGUGCAGAGCUGGCUGGGCCCGGGGUCUGACUUGCUUUAAGGCAGGUUUCCUAUGUUCCAGGAAAUUAUGAACUGGAAACUUCUUGGGAUAACUUGCACAGGGUAAUUUGCAUUUAUUGCCCUGUGGAGUGACCUAAUUCAGUAUGUGUGCUUUUGCUGAUGUUUAGUAAACCAAGCUUAAAAACUUUGAAAUGGCUUGCUUCAUUUUGCAAAUUUCAUAAUGCAUUUUUCUAUGCACACUUUACACUAUUAAAUGCCUUCUUUUCUGUACACCUUACAUUGCAAAAUCUGGAGAAGAGCAGAUUGUGAAGGUUGGCUGUGUUUUGAUUUGCUUCUUGCUUCGCUAGGUGCAAAUUAGAUAGACUUGAAAUUCUUCCCCUAUCCCUCCUCUCAACCCGUCCAGCCCAAAAUUUAUCAGGUAGUGGGGAGCAGCUGGGCCCUGCCUUCCCAAGUCAAUAUUGACUCUCCUCUCUCCGUCUCCCUGCACACAGAUUUCACUGCCCACCUUGGAGCAAGCCACCAGCCCCACCGACAGCUCCAGCAGCACCUCAGAAGAGGAGGACGACAGCACCCUGGUUCUUCUGGGCCCCAAAUCCCGCAGCCCCAGCCCUGGGAAGAUGAAGGGUCACCGCAGCCGCAGCCCCAGUUUGGCCAAGUUCCAUGGACUCAUCCUGCGCUCGUCGAGCCGGGACCAUGCGGCCAGCCGCAGCCCCUCACCCCAGGGCCGCCGGGGCAGCAGCAUCCUCAAGAGCGACAUCCCCAGCAUCCAGUUCUCCAAGGACAGCCCCCGCCAACGCUCCAAGUCGCGAGAGCCCGCCCAGAAUGCAGAGAGCCUCGCCGGGCCUCGCCUCCAGAGCCCCUGGCGCUUUGACGAGAACCCCCUGGCCCGCACAGACCCCCGCAACCUGGGACUGCUGCCAGCCGUGCGCCUGGAAACCAUCGAUCAAGUCAUGGGCCCCCGGCGAGAGAGUGCCGACCAGGGCCUGCCUCCCCGCAGGAUGAGUCCCACUAGUCCGACCGUGGCCCUGGCCAACCUCUUCAGCACCUCCCCAAAGGAAGGGUUAUCCCCAGACCACCAGGGUCCAAACCACCACAGCCGUGAGGCGGGACACUGAGGGGGACGCAGCCGGCCGCCAUGAGCCCACUGUCCAACCAUCCCGUGUAGUGAGCUUGCAGUGUUAUCUGUGUCCUUUACCUGCCAGUUUUCUGCUCCGUGUGUGUCUUUCUCUCUCCCGGUGUGUGACACGAAGACCCGGGGAAGGGGGCUGCCACUUGUGAGGCCCCGUCUCCCGACUCGAGUAUGCUUGACAAUCAACUUCCUCCCUCCCUUUGUGUAGGGGGCUGAACAUCGCGAGCGAAAAGCCCUCAGCCCCCUCGGCCUUUUCAGCCAUAGAAACUCCCCACUCCUUGUUUGGGGAGGGGGACCCAUCCUUUGAUGAGAACUCCCUUCCCCAUUGAACAUCCAGUUUGGUGUUGAGAUGGAGCUCCACCCGCCUCUCCUAGCGCCAUCUCUGUUCUUGUCCUGAGGCACGAUGGUGGUGGAGGAAGAGGAAGAGGAAAGCCUGCUACUUGCAAUCCGACGGGAGGACAGUUGAUCAGCACAGUGGAAUGGGCAGCUGCAGAAAGAAGCUUGGCUGGGUACGGAAUGAAGACACACUUUUGCUAUCGGUUGCUAAAGCUCUGCUUGGCUGGACUCAAUGGCUGCUGCAGGACCAGGCCCAGCCUGCUUGCAGGAAGUUGCUGAAACCAUAAGAGGUGAAAUACGGAACGUGCAAUAUGAUGGGGAUGGGGAAUCAGAGUUCUUGGAGACAGGUGUGGGCCCCAGGUAGGAUGGAGGAAGCUGGUGCUUCAGGUCCGGUUAGGGCCCAGCUGGUAUCCCCCCCCCCCGCAAGGCUUGGGGGGCCCCUGAGGAACUGGGGGAGAACUGCAAAUGGCAGAAGGUUCUUGCUGGAGGGAAGGAGGUAGAUGCAACCCAGUUGAGAUCGUGGAGGUACAGGGGGGAGAGUUUGGGUUCCAUUGCCUUACGAGGCGGGUGGGGGGGGGAGAGAACUCUGACCCAGGAAGCCGAAAAAGAAACGGGUGUGUGCGCGAGGGGGCAGUAUGUGUGGCUAGGUUGUCGGGGCAACGUGACCAAGGUGCCUUGGAACCAGAAAUGACGAAAGCUGCCUGGGGG